AACUUGGUUUUUUUUUUUUUUUUUUUCCAUCAGGUUUUUUGACCUUCACCUCACAGUACUGUAUAUUUGUUUUGUCUCUUCACUUUCCAUAGAUCUUUCUUUUUAGAUCUUCUUUGAUUCUGUUUUGUUGUUGUACGGAAAGACCUUGUUGUACGCAAUGUUCGAAACGGCUCAGGAAUCCGAACUUCAAAAUGAAUUCCAACCACAAGCACAACCGAAAUCGGAAUCGGAAUGGGAAUCGCAAUCGAAAGUAGAAUCUCAACCCGAACAACAAACUGAACCUAAAGCGCAGCUGGAACCAGAACCGGAGGAAUUGAAACCGGAAUCGGUUGUAACCGAUGCGGAUCCGAAUCCGGAGGAGGACAAAUGGAGCUCGAUCCAACCGAAUGAGACGGCCAAACCAGCAACCACCGACCAAAUUGCUCGUCCGGAGCUGCGAAAAGAUGAAGGGAACCGGACUUUCACGAUGAGAGAAUUGUUAAGGGAAUUGAAAAGCGACGAAGAUGAUGCAGGCUCUCCUUACAGUCAAGAAAGCGUGCAACAACAAUCCUACCAAAACAAUGCUGCGAUGGAGUUGAUCAAUAGUGUAACAGGUGCUGAUGAGGAGGGCAGGUCUCGCCAGCGGAUUCUUACAUAUGCUGCCAGGAGGUAUGCUACUGCUCUAGAGAGAAACCCAGAAGAUUAUGAUGCUCUUUACAACUGGGCAUUGGUUCUUCAGAUUGCUCCUAUCAUGUCCACACCGUUAUUUGUCUUGCAGGAAAGUGCAGAUAAUGUUAGUCCAGAUUCUACUUCACCUUCUAAAGAUGCCUUGCUAGAGGAGGCUUGUAAAAAGUAUGAUGAGGCUACUCGUCUUUGCCCGACACUUCAUGAUGCUUUCUACAAUUGGGCAAUAGCAAUAUCUGAUCGAGCAAAAAUGCGUGGUCGCACCAAGGAGGCUGAAGAAUUAUGGGAGCAGGCAACAAAAAACUAUGAAGAAGCUGUCCAACUCAACUGGAAUAGCCCCCAGGCACUAAACAAUUGGGGACUUGCUCUUCAGGAACUCAGUGCAAUUGUUCCAGCACGAGAGAAGCAAAAAAUUGUGAGGACUGCAAUUAGUAAGUUUCGUGCAGCAAUACAGUUGCAAUUUGAUUUCCAUCGAGCAAUAUACAACCUUGGAACUGUUUUGUAUGGACUAGCUGAGGAUACCUUGCGAACAGGUACAACAAAUCCAAAAGAAGUUUCCCCGAAUGAGCUGUAUAGCCAGUCUGCUAUCUAUAUUGCAGCUGCUCAGGCAUUGAAACCAAAUUAUUCGGUUUACAGCAGUGCCUUGAGGCUUGUUCGUUCAAUGCUACCUUUACCCCAUCUUAAAGAUGGUUGUCUGACUGCACCACCAGUAGGAAACACAAUUGCACCUCACAGUGAUUGGAAAAGAACAGAGUUCUUUUUGAAUCAUGAAGCGCUUCAACAGGUCAUCAGAAUUGAGCAGAAACAAGUUUCCCGAAGCCUCUCUGGCAGAACUGCAGAUGUAGCAAAUAUUGAUAGAAGGGCUAUCAGAGUUGAUAUUCCAGAUAUCAUUUCUGUAUCAGCAUGCGCUGAUCUGACUUUACCACCAGGUGCAGGCCUCUGCAUUGAUACUACCCACGGUCCAGUUUUCUUGGUUGCUGACUCAUGGGAAUCCCUAGAUGGGUGGCUUGAUGCUAUCCGCUUAGUUUACACAAUUUAUGCACGAGGUAAGACUGAUGUUCUAGCGGGUAUCAUCACGGCCUAAUUAUUUCUUAUGCAUUGAGCUUGCAUUUUUUGUUGUGUUUAUUUGCAUGCCUUCAAAUUUGGUCGGAUCUAAUUUGACUCUGUAUAUCGUCAAAAUUUUUGGAAUACUAAUUAUUCUUUCAAAUUAGUCAUUUGGUAUCUCAGCUGAUAUCAUGUAUUUUUUC